AUGGGAUUCGACAUCACGACCUUUCACAAGAUUUUAGAUCAUGGGUUCAGAGACUUAUGGAACACACUUGCUAUCCCUCGCUGUGAAACCAACAUUGAUUCAAGGCCACGACUUGGCUGCCGAUCUCUUGAUGCUGAAGGUGCUCUUGGACUGAUUCUCCAUUGGCUCAGCUCAACUAUGCUUGAUGAGAAUAACAGCCUCAUCAUGGGUCAUCAUCCACUUCUCAAUGGUGCAUUUAGUAGUAUGGAUGGCCUGAAUCUAGCUGUACAAACCUUGCCAGACCAGGAGAUUGAGAAUGCGAUGUUCAAUGGUUGGCUUCAUGACCAUUUUGUAAGCAGCAUGUUUGCUUUCAGCAUGAAGGGUGAGAUCAUCGCAUGUAAUCUCAAUGCUCCAGGUAGUUGGCACAAUUCAUGUGUUGUUCGCUCCAUUUAUGAGAAGUUAUGA